UAUUUAAGACAUAAAACUGCUCUGUCAUACAGAAUCAAUUGCACAUGACUUUCAAUCAUGUGCAAAACGGGGCCUUUUAUCAUCCCCAACUGGUACUAAAAUAUCCCACGCCUGUAAAGCAGUGAAUUAAGUAAAAUACACGGGAAAAAAAACUAUCAUCGAUGAUGUCUUUUGGCGCCGAAGCUGACCUACACAGGAAGAGACGGAGAAUAUGCGAGGUCAAAGUGAUUAGUCUCAGAGAACUUUGCAGGGCUGUGAUUAUAAAAAACACAGGAUUGCGACGACUUCGAAAAGCGCGUAAAAAACUGCCUCUGCCGCAACAUUUAAUUGACUUUUUAACAUCGGAUUUCAGCUUCCGAGAGUUCGAGGCACAAAGCUUAAAUCUCUCCAGAGAUAUGCGGGUCCAUUGUAUCUAUCCAACUAGGAGUUUGUUGGAUAAUUCCAAGGUUCUGCUAAAGUGCAUCAACGCCAAGACUUUCAAUUCUUCAAGUUCUUCUCGUCUCCUUAAAAGAUGGGCCGAAAUUCGCCACAAGAACAUCAUGCGAGUGUUGGUUUUGUUCAGGGAACGAGAAACUAUAGGGGUCGUCCUAGAGCCAUUUUCACCGAGUCUCUACGAUCUGGUCCACAAAUAUCGCAGGGCUGGGGUAAAAUUUUCCGAGGAACUUUUGUGGAAGAUGCUGCAUCAAAUCUGUGAUGCCUUGUGGUAUUUACAAAGAUGUCAGAUUGUGCACACGGAGAUUCAAAGCAAGACGUUGUCUCUUUCGAAAUCAGGAGAUAUUUUGCUUCACAAUCUCCUUAUUUACACUCCUAGUGAGACAGAGCUUAAUGUAUGCGUUGAUGGUAAAUAUUCUUUUCACGGGAUCUAUGUUGCUCCGGAGAAAAUUCGAGGAGAGAGAUAUUCGAGCAAACAAGACGCUUGGGCGCUGGGAUGCGUUGCUUUCGAAAUGGUUUUCUUGGAACCAGCGUUUCCGCUGCGACCGGGUGGAAAUAUUUUUGAAACUUUGAAUAACAUCGUUCAUGGGGUUUCACCUACAACACUCGAUGAAGCAGAUAAAAACAGAUCCGACACAGGGGAUUUAAUUCGUUCUUGUUUGAUGCCCGAUCCAUGGUUGAGGCCAUCGAUCGAAGAUCUAUUUCAUUUUACAAGAGAGCGAAUGCGACAAACACGACCAAAUUAGACCAAUAUUUUAAACACAAAAAAAAUUCCUUCGCGCUUGACUAGCUACGCAGUUUUACAUGUAAAUGAAGCUGUUUUAGCUCUGUAUCAGCAGUUAUGCUGAUUUCUCUUUUUUUCUAAAUGACAGAAGAACGCAUAAUUUUUUUAACCACAAAUGCGGGCAGUGGUUGAGAAACCACAGGUGCGGUUUACAGGUGACACAACAAACGUCACGUCCCACAACAUCCUUAGUCCACCGUCGUGACCUUCAGAGUCACGGUUGAACUAAGUUUAGAAUUUACUUAGUUAAGGCGGAGUAGGCACAGUGCUUGCCCAAAGAAGAUUAACCAUACCAGCUUAGGCUCACAUGUGAUGCUUCUUGGCCACAGAGGUUCCUAAAUUUGAAAGAAAAUUUUUUGCGACGUGUUUCAACACUGCUAGUAGUUGAAGAAAAUUAAAAGGGUUUUCUGAAACAUUCUCCUAAAUCAAAAUUUUCCAGAGAAUCUAUGAAAUAGAGAUUUUUAAAUUUUAAACAUUAAGGAAAUUAACUAGUUUUGUAAAUCAGUAGAUUAAUAGUGGAUGAAAAGACUACUGUUUUUAUUUAGUACCUAUGGUUUGAGUUGUAUCCAAAAAAGGUGUUAAUCUUCACGCUGGCGUGAUUCAUUGCAGAAGGAGCAAAAAACAAAUUUUUGUAUUUUUUCGCUUAGUCCCCUCAGAUUUCUAAAAUUUGUACCCAGAAAUAAUAGGAAGUUGUAAAAAUUUGCAAAUAAUGUUGUAUAAAUAUUUUGUGAAUAGCCGUUAAUAUAAUAUACGAAUUUCGUGCACGCAACGUUAAAUGAACAUUUACGCUCAGCUUUAAAUUUCCCUUUUAAUUAACCUUGUGAAGAGGAUAAAAGAAUCUUAAAGCUCAGAAGUAAACAGUUCGCCAUAUCCUUACAACUUUUGCGAGUCUAAGGUCUGUAAGGGCCAGUUCUUUCAAUACAGUUAAAGCGUUGUUUAGCUAAAUUGAGUUCUAAACCAUUAUUUAUAAUGCAAAAAGUUUUACCUUGAAAUAAAGAGAUAUAUUUUUUUGAUAAACGGCGUCUAGUGAGCUUAAAGUUAGCACUGGAAACAUUUUUCUACUUCAAAUACCCCUUUAUUAUUAUUACAUCUCGAGGUCUACUGAUGUACAAAAGCACGGCCUAAUUAACACCUCGUUUGAAUGAUCAGCCUCAAAGUUCAUAUAUGUUUUUUGUGGUUUACGUGCCCUUUAAUUCAAAUCCUUUUAAAAAAUCAUAUUAGUACGAUUAAAUUCAGUUUUGUACAUUAUCUCUUGCUAGUCUUGCUACGCGUAGCAUUUAUGAAUUUCCAGUAGUUUUUAUAACGCUAGAUGCAGUCAUGAAAAAUUUUAUACAACGCCAUUUUGUCAAUAAAAUGUCACCUU